AUGGGUGUUGAAAUUCCUGAAUCAAUGAAGGCCCUGGUGGGCAAUCGCUCAUUUGUGACUCGCUUGUCAAACUAUGCGUGCUCAAGCUCACAUGGGGAUGGAGUGAAAGUCGCCACUGUACCUGUCCCCAAGAUAGAAGAACACGAGAUUCUCGUUCGGGUGCACUCUGUCGCUCUCAAUCCGACCGACUACAAACAUAUCGAUAUUCUAUCCCCUCGAGGCGCAAUUAUUGGCUGCGAUUACGCGGGUACCGUCGUGAAGGUUGGAGCCAAGGUUACUGAGACUUGGGCAGUCGGUGAUAGAGUCGCGGGAGCAACGCAUGGAGGACUAUAUACCGAUCGAGGAUCUUUCGCUGAGUAUCUCAAAAUCCCGGCACAUCUGGCGUGGAAGGUCCCUUCAUCCCUCAGCGACGAGGAGGCAGCUACGUUUGGCGUGUCGGCCGUGACCGCCAUGUUGGCCCUGAAUACUCGACUGGGUGUGCCCUGGGCAGAUGGAGGCGAGGACAUAGGGCGAUCAACAACACCUAUUCUCAUCUAUUCUGGUUCGACUUCUGCUGGUCUCUAUGCUAUUCAAUUGGCAAAGCUAGCGGGAUUGACAGUGGUGGCGACUGCAUCCCCACAUUCUCAUGAUCUGGUGAAGGAAUAUGGUGCCGAUGAUGUAUUCGAUUAUCGAUCACCUACCGCUGUCGAAGAAAUUAUUCGCGCCUAUCCUACCAUUGACAGAGCAAUGGACUGCUUUUCUGAGGGAGGUUCUACUGCGUUCUGCGCGGACGUAGUUCGCAAAAACCGGGGGUGGGUAGUUACACUCUUGAACUCUAGGAAGACGGAUUUGGAUGGUGUGAAGGUCGACUUCCUGCUUGCCUACACGGCUUUUGGGGCUGAGUUUCAAUGGCUUGCUCCCUUUGGUCCUAAGUUUGGCAAGGUACCUUCAGAUACCGAAGCAUUGCGCAGAUUCUACGCGUCAUUACAGGGAAUUUCCAAAAUCCUCAGGCCACCACCUCUUCAGACUAUUGAUGGUGGGCUAGAGAACUUGACAACGGGCAUUGAUCUACUUCGCCAUGGAAAGGUUUCAGGUACCAAAUUGGUUGCGCGUUUGGUCUAG